GUUCGAUAUACUCAUUGAUUUUUGUUUCUUACUCUAGCUAGUAAUACUGAAUAUCUUAUCCAAUUCAGUUUGACUGUGCAUGAAAUUUCAUUAUCGUUGAAACAGCCCCGUCCAUUUAUUCAAAGAUCUACACACGGACCAAAGGAGACAAAUUCACCUGUUAUUGUGAGAUAAUUAACAAUCUCAGCCUGGAAUGGAUCCUACAGAAAAUCAACGGGGAGGAGAUCAGCCUGGUCAGGGAGUGCUACCAGCCAUACACCAGUUGUGACAUCCGGUACGACCCAGCGAAUUUUACACUAGUGAAUGAAGAUCGACUUGCAUACAUGAACCUUUCUUCUGGACCUCAGUUUUUUUGUAUCUAGACUGACAGUGAAGCAUGUGGACAAAGAUAUGCUACGUCUCAUUUGUACCAACGCUAUUGAUGUGUAUGGACGAGACCGAUGCUUGAUGAAUGUUGUGGAUUACGUUCCACCUGACAACGGCACUUCCAAGAGCCCAACAACAUAUUCACAACGAUUGCCUUCAACUACCCAGUCCUCGGACUCCGUUGAUGUAACUCUGGUGGUUUGCGUCAUAGGUUUACCAAUUAUAGUGUUGUUAGUCAUUCCUUCGCUGUUUUUAUGUUGUUUGAUCCGCUGUAGAAAUCGUAAAGCUUUACAAAGACAAAAUGAAGCCAUGCGUGCUGUUAGACGUACGCCUCAGUUAACGCCAGCAGCGGCUCUUGGACCUGAUCAAAAUGACAUGAGUUCAACACGCGUAAACCCACUAGUUCACCUAAGUAACAACACACUAACUACUGAGUCGCAUCAGCACACAGCAUCAAUACAAAGUACUGCACCAAACGACUCACCACCACCGUAUUCCAGUCUAUUUGAACUAAGAGUCGAACCGCCCCCAUACACGAUACUGCCAGCUGAAAGCUACAACUGCGAGUCUGCUCCAUCGCAACAAACACAGAAUGUUCCGCCUCCAUACACGACAAGAUACACUGCGACAUACAACAGUGUGUCUCUGUCUGCCCAACAACAAGCACCCAAUGAACCGCCUCCACCGUACUCAGUUUGGCAUACCAGCUGAAACUCCACAAAUGGUCUUCGUUGGAUGAAUGAUUUGUUAUCCUGCAUACUUUAUCAUG